GCUGUGACUCUUCAAUUAACCUGACAUUUCACAAAUCCAAAAUUGCCGUGGAUGAACUCUUUACUUCACUUUGGGAUAUUGCUGGAGCUCGCAAUCUCAUGAAACAGUUUAAGUCUGUAUAUGUUCCUGGAAAUCAUACCCACCAGGCAUCUUAUAAACCAUUGUUGAAGCAGAUUGUGGAGGAAAUAUUUAAUCCCGAGAGGCCAGAUCCUGUUGAUAUUGAACACAUGUCUUCAGGCCUUGCUGAUCUCCUUAAAACUGGAUUUAGCAUGUUCAUGAAGGUGAGCCGGCCUCAUCCCAACGACCACCCCCUCCUGAUCCUCUUUGUGGUAGGUGGGAUCACGGUCUCCGAAGCCAAAAUGGUCAAGGACCUUGUGGCAUCCCUGAAGCCAGGAACCCAGGUAAUCGUGCUGUCCACGCGACUCCUGAAGCCGCUUAACAUUCCUGAGCUAUUAUUUGCAACUGACCGGCUACAUCCAGACAUUGGCUUCUGAGCUUCUGCUAAGAAGAUAAGACCUGCCGAAGCUGGAAAUAUCCAAUACUAUAAUCUGUCACCAUUCCAGAUUUGCCUCCAAAAGCAGUGUCCCUGUUACUAAUUGUGGAUAUAACUACAUUCUGCCCGAGGGGCCUUGAUAACCACACAACAAGGUAUUUUGCAUGGAUUGCUCGUAUUCUUAAAAAAAAAAAUUGUUUUUCAUUUUUCUAAAGGUGUCAAGCUGUCUUUCAGCUGGCCUAAUCAAGGAUUUUCCCAUUUAUCCUCAUCCCUCUAUUUGUGAUCUUUCUGAUUCCACCUGCAAGUUCAUUAGUUCUAAAUAAAAGCCUGUUGACAAGUGUUGGUA